AUGGCUGUUGCCCCUGCAAGCGCACUGCCUGUCGAAAGGCUGUCAUGUUCAGAUCACGCGAUGCCAGACUCGCCAUCUCCAACUGCGGAUACGGAUCAUCCAGGGGCCACUCCCGACUGGCUGGAGUUGCGAGCCGCUCGCUCGUAUCCAAACUGGAAAGAGGAGGAGGGUCGCCCAGAGGACGAGAUUGACCAUCGGCCUGCUGGAGGUCCCAGGCUCUCCUAUCUCUGGUGCGAGGAUAGCUUAACAGGACAGACACUUUAUCUCGGUGGCAACGUCGGCGUGGACGGCAAGCUCUACUUUAUCCCCGGGCAUGCGAAGCGUGUUAUGGUCUGCGAUCCAACGACGGAUCGCGUCACACUAACCGGCCCGAUCUUUCCCGGCAAGUUCAAGUGGUUGCGAGGUGUCAAUGUCGAUGGUGGGAAGAUCUAUGGCCUGCCUUGUCAUGUUGACACUGUGCUCUGCAUUGACGUUCCCAGCGGAAAGAUAACAACCAUACCCAUCCCGUAUGACGAUGUUUUUUCAGACCCCGUUCAGGCUAAGGAGGAGCGUCAGUGCAAAUGGAAGUAUCACGGUGGAACAAUUUGUCCCAUUGACAAAGCGAUCUAUUGCAUUCCGCAGUCAGCACUGCACGUACUGAAGAUAGAUCCUGUUACGGGGACUUGCCAGCUCGUUGGGCCAGAGCUUCCUGGCAAAUACAAGUGGUACGGUGGCGUUGUCGGCAAGCAUGAUCAGGCCAUUUAUGGCAUACCACAUAACUCCCCGCAUGUUUUGCGGAUCUCACCAUCGGCAAUCACUCUACAUGGGGACUACGGCAGCGGCGGGCACAAGUGGCACGGUGCAUCACCUGCCCCAAACGGGGAUAUUGUCUCUGUCCCUGCAAAUGCCGACUCUGUCCUCGUCAUUCGUCCUGGGCUUGAGCCAGAGAUGUUCGAGAUUGGAGAUACUCUCUGUGUCAAAAGUGGGAGGCACCGCACCGACCGGAAGUACAAGUUUCUUGGUGCCAUGACUGGUUCAGACGGCUUGGUCUACUGCUUCCCGAGUGGGAGUGAGCGCGUCUUGCAAAUCGACACACAGACCUUACAUGUGCGAGAAGUUGGCCCCAAUCUUUUUGACAUGGAACGUAUCUGUCAAAACAAAUGGCAGAAUGGCUUGACACUUUUCGAGAAUGUCUAUGCUAUCCCGCUCGCAGGUGAAAGCCUACUUCGCAUUGAUUGCAGCCAAGACCCGCCUCUUGUGACAACUUGGCUCCUGCCCAGCCCACAUAGAGUUCUCGACAAGUGGGAGGGAGGUAUCAUUGCGCCAAAUGGAGUCAUAUACACCGUUCCAAAUAAUCACAAAGCAAUCCUCCGCAUUGAGGCGCCGACGAGUGAAGUUUCUAAGGGCACAGGAUAUCCGGCAGUGUCCCGGACAUCCGGCGAGCUGGACGUGCCUUACUUGUCGGGAAUUCCAACACUUCGCUCCAGUGCCCAUCGUGUCAAGCAUGCACCUCGGAGUCGCAAGCAUGACCCGAGCCCAACACAUGGUGAUGAGAAGCAGCCUGGAACGGUGUUUUUGCCCGGGAGUCUUCUGAAAGAAGAGGUUUUUGCAUACGAUAUCAGUGUGUACAACAUGCACGAGGCCGUUGUCAAGUUACUCCAGCAAUGUGAUGCAGAUAUUGUUGGCAGCUUCCGCUGUGAAUCAGAUCUCAAGUUGGAGGACUUUUGCGUUCCUACAGACUCAACGUGGAGGUCGGUGAACGGCGGGAAAUGCGAGGACGCGCAAAAGUAUCUGUCAGACCAGAUCGCCCAGAACGCGGCAUUCCUUGCUGAUUUUGACCGACUGGUCCUCGAAGUGGUUUUGCCUUACAUGAAGAAGCGUCUUGUCGCUGCUGGUGUGGCAGAUUCUCAUGUGCCCGUAAAGUUCUACUACCAGCGGCCGCCGACGUUACGAUUACAGCCUGGCCCUGCUCGCUCGCAUGUCAAGGCCCACAAUGAUGCGACAUAUGGGCAUCAGAAUGGUGAGCUGAAUUUUUGGGUGCCGCUGACGGAUCGAAAGCUGACACAAGUUGACUUGCACUGCGAGUCCGUUGUUGAUGAAGGCGACUACCAUGCUAUCGCGGCCAAGCCAGGAGAAAUCAUUGCUUUCCACGGUUCCUCGUGCCGGCAUUACAUCAAUGCGAACACGACACCAUACACGCGAGUCUCCAUGGAUUUUCGCGUGGGGGUCGAAGGCUAUUUUGAUCCAACGUGGGCGAUGGUUGGAACGAGUGAUGAUCACACCCGCAGCCAAGUUUCACUGUAG